AAGAAAAUAAGAGAAUUAGGCAGCAACAUGAAAGUCUUCAAGAAGAAAACAGAGAAACCCUACGUAUUAAUUCGGAAUUAAAAGAAGCUCUUCAAGAAAAAGAAAAUCGAGAAACCUUACGUAUUAAUUCCGAAUUAAAAGUAAAGCUUCAAGAAAGAGAUGAGCAAUUAGAAAAGCUUCAACAACAAGAUUUAAAUUUUGAAAAACAAAAAAUUGAAAUCCAAGUAAUUUCUCAAAAUAUAGAAAAAACUCUAGAAAUGUUAGAAUCAGACGAAAUUAAUGAGAAUAAUAAUAAAAUUCUUAAAGAAAAAAAUAAACCUUUAAUUAGUGAAAGCAUGAUUCACACAAAUUAUGAUUGGCCUGGUUCUUUUGGCGAACUAAAAACCAAUACAGUUCUUCAAUAUGAUGAUGAAUAUAUUAAUGUAAUGUCGUGGGGUGCUCCAGCUUUAUUUAAAAGACCACCUUUUAAAAAGAAAAUAGGUAAAGAUAAUGAAACGAAACCGGUUGAAUUAUUUAAAUUACAUUUAAGCAAUUUACCGGACGAGCUUAAACCGAAACUUCCGGUUAGAUAUGAAAAGGCUAUUACUGAUUAUCUUAGAGAAAUCGGAAAGGUGAUUAAGGAGACGAUUGCAAGUCGUUGGAUAGGCAUAGACAUCCUUCAUCAAGUGUUGUUAGUUCUUACGUAUCCAGCUGAUUAUUCGGAUAAAGCAAAAGCGAUUAUGCGAAAAUGUGCAUUUAAUCCAGGUAUAAAAAAAGAAUUUCAACAUAGAAUAAAUAUUUCAAUUCCUACUCAACCUACUGUUGCAGUUGCGCACGGAGCCGUAAAAACUCAAUUUUACUUCAGUUCUGAUUCAUAG